GCACCGCGGCUCCCACUGACACACGCUCAGACGUGACGCCAGCUGAGUGAGCCAAGCACUCCUGAUGACACUUAUUUAUUCAUCUGUUCACUCCGUCAGAGCCGUGCAGCCUCCACUCACACCACGUCUCCUCUUCAGUUGAUUUUUUUUUUCUUAUUUAAAUCUGACUGUUUUUCCUCUGAAGUAGGCUGCAUGUGCAAACGAGCAGGCAGGGAAGGUGUUACACAUCUGGAUCAUACCAACACAUCGGGUCGUGCAGCUCGGGGGCCACCACAGACAUGAGGAUCUCUCCUUCCGCUGCGCAUAAAUGAUGAAUACACUACGGGACUACUGCCACUCUUGAUGCAAGGCUGAAAAAAGGGAAAAAAAAGAGAUGAGGAUACCAUCGCCAGUGCGUGGAUAUAAGCAUGGGGACACCGGAGCGUGGUUUGCUUUCUCUAUGGCUUUGCAUAAACCCAGAUGCCUCCCCUCCCUCUUGACGAGCGCAUAGUGGUUAUUCAGCGCCCUAAAAACCUAGCCCUAUGUGAGGCUUCCCCACAAACCAUCCCACAGCACUCGUCUCAAAUUACAGCCUCCUCCAAUGGACAAGUCGCCCAGCCUCCUCAUCUCCAUCCUUCUCAGUCUCAUUUUUACUCACCCGCCUGUAAAUCUCUGACUCUGGAAUGCAAGCGGAGGGCCUCCCGUGUGCAGAAAUUCAAGGGCGACCAGCCUGCCAACCCAGCGGGUGUCAGACACAUCCCUAGCCACUGCCACAGCAAUGGCACAGUAACUCUGGGCCCACGCCUGCCCUCCCACACACAUACUAUUGAUAUCAGGUUGACAGUGGACAAAGGUGGCCGAGGAGGAGGAUUCAGCAAUUCAUUAGGGCGCAGUGGAAGUGUAAGAGGUGGCAGAGGGAGAUGUGUCUCAUCACAGUUAGAUCAAGGACAAUGUGAGAGAAAAACCGCAAGUGCAGGACGGCCAGUUGGAGCCGAACACAAGUUACAACGAGUUCGUCAACUGUCAUCUUCCCCUGGAGGGGUCCUGCAGUUUGUCCCCGCUCAGGCGCAGCAGCAUAAGUUCAGGGGUGAAAAAGAGAAGGAAAACACUAGUUUUCUCAACAGAAGCGACCAGGAAUUUCCCUCCUUAGGUCACAGGAAGAAUUCCAAACUGGGAACUGUCCAUCAGAGUCAUAAUAGUCGCGGUCAGCCCUACCACCACAACUCUGUCCCUGUGCCCCAUGCUGCCAUCCUAAACUCCAACUACCCCCCAUCCCCUCCCUCCCAACCUGCCCAUGUCCCGGUCUCAUUUCAGCAGAUCAGCCAGCCUCACCCACCUCGUUCCAGGGAUCACCGCCCUCAUAUUCUUCAUGGUCUACCCCUCUCCCCCUGCUCCUCCCAUGCUGGAGGCUUCCCCAGCCCCGACCACACCUGCACCAUCGACUGCACCCACCCCUUCAGCUGCGGCUGCUGGAGGUUGGUAAGAUGCAGAGGGUGUAAGGGACACUCUGCUAGCUUCCAAGGAGGUGGAGGAAGCACUUCCACCUCAUUUUCCUGUGGUCACAAUGUCGGAGCAGUAAAGAGAGGAGGUAAAGAAAUGGGCCUGAGAAAUCUGGGUGGGUGUCUUUCCACCGCCUCCACCUCCAACACCUCCUCCUCCAACAGUACUGCGUCUGACUGCCGAGCAAGUCUGUUCAAACCCCUCCGCUGUGCCUCCUGCUCUGGCGAGGCCGGAAACUUCGAAAGUCCUGCUAUCCUCCGCAAAAAGCUGGUAGGAGGAUGCCUGCCCUGUACGCCGCUGUCCUCUUCCGCCCCCCUGAGGGCCAUACAGAGCUGCGUUACGGGCUGCAACCCCAAAGCCUCCCAGACAGGCAGUUCCACCUGCAGCUACUGCAGCAGCGACCCCAUAGUGGUGACAUUCAACCCUCGCCGAGGCAAACCCCCAGGAAGAAGCACUGGAGCUGCUCAUCCAAUGGCCAUGUUCCAAGCCGAUGAUGAUGACUACAGCGUCCGUACUAUCUGGCCUGAAGAACUGGCCAAGAAGAUGACUCAUUCUAAGGCCCAGAAGAAUCACUGUGCUGGGAUGGGAGUGGGCGUUGGGAAGACCUGUGCUAGCCAGGCCCAGAACAGCAGUAAUGGAACAGGCCUCGUCCUCUUGGACUGUCAGAACCUCCAGGAGUACACACAGACUCCGCAUACAGAUCGUGCUGGUCGACGACGGCUUCAGCAGGGCAAAAUGGCUUCCUUCGACUUCAUGGGCUGCAGGUCUAGAUCCGACUAUGACGACGGGCGCAACUCGCUGAAAAGGCUCCUGAAUAAAGCAGAAGAUGCAGGAAUGAGCGAUGGUCCCGAGCCAGACGAAGACGCAGCAUAUCCCCGCUCCCCCUCUCCCCGCUCUGCAUCCCCUCCAUCACCUGUGUCCUUUUCCCCUCCACCAUCCGCCCCCAGCACACUCAUCAAACCCAAACCCUGGCAGAGAGAAAGAGACGGAGGACACUCUCUGCCAUCGGCUCACUCUCUUCACCUGGCCCUGAACUCCCUGAACAGAGAGCAAGAUGAGGAGAACAGCAGAAUGCACCUGUCCCUGCCGCUGUCCUCCUCGUUGCCGGCGUCUCUGUCUGAUGAGAGUGUGAUGACUCCUGAUGCGGAGAAUGCUGUGGUCAGUCCAAUCCUGCCUUUCCUGUAUCUGGGGAACGAGAGAGACGCCCAGGACCUGGACCUGCUGCUGCGCCUCAACAUCGGCUACGUGGUCAACGUGACCACUCACCUGCCCCUCUACCACGUCAACUCUGGACUGCGCUACAAAAGGCUCCCAGCCACCGACAACAGCAAGCAAAACCUUCGACAAUACUUUGAAGAGGUUUUUGAGUUCAUUGAGGAGGCAUAUCAGAGUGGACAGGGAGUGUUGGUACACUGCCAGGCAGGCGUGUCUCGUUCUGCUACCAUCGUCAUUGCCUACCUUAUGAAGCACACCCUCAUGACAAUGACAGAUGCCUACAAGUACGUGCGGAGCCGUCGACCCGUCGUGUCCCCGAAUCUAAACUUCAUGGGCCAACUUCUGGAGUUCGAGAGAGACCUCAACUCUGGGGUGACUCCUCGCAUCCUGAUGCCUAAACUGAACGGUGUGGAGACGCAGGUGUGAGAAAGGUCAGGAGAGUGUUGAGUCCCUGUGUGUGAAGACGAGAGAAACAGGCGGUAAUGAGCAUGAGAAAAAGAGUGCAGCACAUUUUAGAAGAGUGACACGGUGAGUGAUAUUGCAACUGGAAAAUGCUGGUGAGUUUGGCAGUUAGUGCACUUUUAAUACUGUGAAACAUGAGACAAAAGACUGGAUGGUUCAUUUGUUUAAGUAGUAACAACUUGAUCCUCAUCCAGUGUACUCUUUAUAAGAUAAUGUGCCAAUAUUUUGUAUAGAUCGAACAUCACUCAGAUAUCUCUUUUGUUUGUUUUUUUCUGAUACCUCUUCCUUUCUGUUCCUGUUGUUUACAUUCACAGCCACUUGCAGAAGUACAGUGACUUUUAGCCCAAGAAUCAUAAAUGCAUGCAAAAAUGAAAACGUCAUCUUUCAGCCACAACAAAGUUCUGAUGUUUCCGCCACAUGUAGCAACACACUGGUCAUUACAAUGCACUUUACUUCCCGUGUAAUUAUUAUUUUUUUUAUUAUCACUAACUCAGUUGUCACAAGGAUGAGAAGAAUUUGUCACAUAGACCUCAGUUACUGCUUUACGACUAACAAUAACAUGCUCAUGGGUUAUUUUGUGAUUUGAGAACUGUGCAGUAGAGCAGCAUGGACCUAGCAAUGAAACUUAUCACAGAAGGAACAAACAGCUCAUUAAAGUUGUUACAGUGGUUUUAUUUCAGUGUAGUCCCGUACAUUAGCAAAGAAAACGGAUUGCAGAGUUACUGGAGUAUCAAUAUGAUGCAAGAAAAUGUGUCAUUAACAUAAUGUGGGCAAAAAAAAUCACCUAAAUAUGCAGGUUAAUACACUGAAAUAAGCUCAUUAUAAAAGCAUUUGCUCAACAUUGUUUGAUUUCAAGUAUAUUUGACCCGAGGUGUGGGUUGGCAGGUUUUGUCCUGCUGUUAAAAUGUGCUUUAAACAACAGACCUUCUCCAACUGUGCACUGUUUGUUUAAUUCAUAAAAGAGAUGCAUUAUUUUUAUUCAUUUCUUUUUUAUUAUGUAAAAAUAGCUGGUUUGAUGUUUAGCAUGAAACAGUCCUGUGAUGGUGCAUGGGCUGGUAUUUGUUAAAUUUUAAAGAGCACAUGGUAGUUUGAUUUAACGUUAAUAUGCCUGUUCGGGAACUUUAAGCAAAUUAGUUUUGUGUUUAUAAAAAAAAAAAAAAAAAAACUGUGUGAAAUUUCAUGUUUUUAUUGUGUAACUGUUCAUUUCUGACCUUAACUGGCCUUUGGCAUUUGAUAAGUGGUAUUUCUCAAGUGGAAUCACAUUUCCAGAAUGGGGCUAAUUUGGACUUUUUUUUUAUUUUUAUUUUUUUAACCUGGGUCAUGAAUACUUUCAAAGCCAAAUCUACUUUGUAUUUAAUUAUUUUCAUACCUUUGUGAAGGAGUCAAAUGAGUCAGAAACAUCACUGUUUUUUUUUAGAGCUGGUGAUGUAUUAGGUAAUGUAUUUUUUGCUCCCCGUCUUCUUUUGCCUUAUUGACCAUACUGAACUUCUCAACUGUGUCCCUCAUGACUAUGCAUUACCUUUAUUAUGAAGGCUUUGGUUUGAUUACAGAAGGGUACUUGAUUCACUGUGAGCCUUUCGCCUGCAUUGUUAAGGUUUAAUCCUGAGCUAAGCCUAUUUUAUCACACUUCAAAUUACAGCCCCUGUUCAGUCAAGCUGCACUCUGAAUCUUCUAAAUAAGUGGACACUGGACACAUUGCUUCAUACCCAUGAGGCAAUGUGUCCUGCUUUUAAAGAGCCCAUAUUAUGCUCAUUUUGAGGUUCAUCACUAUUUUUGGGAUCUACUGGAUUACAUUUACAUUCACGUUAUUUCUCUCUUACUGUACAUUGCUGCUGCACCUCUUUUCACCUUCUGUCUGAUAUGCUGCAAAAAACACACAAAAAGCAACAACAUCUGUGUAAUAAUUUCUGAGGAAGGACAAAAAUAUAUAUGAAUCAUUAUCUGAAAAUAGCAUGGAUGUCCCCAAGAAGGUUUCUUAGAAUACUACCUCAUAGUCUUGCUUCAAGCAUAGCCUUCUCUUAAGACAAUUAUACUGACCGGUCAGUUGAUCUUGAAAGACAGAUAACAUAAUGGCCUAAGCAUAUUGAUAGGUACAGUGACUACAUACAUACAAAAUAGAAUAAAACAACCCAGAAAUUCUUAGAUCUACAAAGUACAUGCUGAGUAUAUACAACUUACAUACGAAGCUUGAUGGUACACCUGGACUAUUGAUCAAUUUGUCUGAUGAAGAUCGUUAUGCUAAAAACAUCACUAUGUAGUAGUAAAUUAAUCAAGGUUGCUGGGAGCAUUUACACUAGGGUGUGGACUAUAAUUUUUCCUUGUGAUGACCCUUUUCCAACAAGCCCAGUCUGCUCUGAUUGGUCUACUGGCUCAACAAAGUGAGGCAAUUUUGGGGCCAAAACAGCUGCUAGGCAGGUAUUAUGGAAAUGUGUUACAUGGUGAUGUAGAUAAGUAACAGAAGCAAAGCUUGGACUUUGAAUGAGGUGUUUCAGGGAGGUAAGGAGCAGGUUGUCCUGUUUGUGUGGACUUUGAGCUUUGUAAGUUUGCAGAACUUUUACAUACAUACAAAAGUUACAACACGCUACAGGACAGGGAGGAACUCAAAAAGCACAAUAUGGGCUCUUUAACGCAUCUUAUUAUUUAAAAAAAACAAAAAAAAAAAAAACUUAUUUCUCUAAAAAUGGUAAUAGAUCAGUUACAAUGUACUAAUUCAGUGCAGAUAGCCUUUUGUGAUAUGCAGCGUUCUUGUAAAUUUGGGGCUAUAAAUGGUGUGAAAUAAGGAGGAAAAAAUGCAGCUCUGACUUUCAACCUGAUAAGAGCUGCUAUUUCCAAUCUGCUAGAUAAGGAUAAUCUUAUUUUGCACAUUUUCUAAACUGAUGCCAUACACAUUUUAUGAAAACUUUCAAGCAACAGUAGCUAAGGGGUCUUAAACUUAAUGUACUUGCAAAAAAAUGAUGCAGUUCUUUGAGAAGGACGUAGGAAAGGGGGAUACUUGUGUUUUUUUUAUGUGUUCUUUUCUUUUAUUGUUUUAGUUAUUUAAAGACAGAAGUAAAAAUGGUUCUGCAGACUUACCGAUGACUGAUAGUCGAUAAAAAAACAAACAAAUCAAAAUCAGUGUAAGAGUUCACAGCACUAAAGUGCAACAAAGCUUUUUGUUAAAUUCCUCUAAUAUGUCAAGCAACUCCUAGUUGCCCCUUUUCCAGAUUUUCACUUGUGAUUAACUAAACGUCCUGCUACAACUUUCUAAAACCAAAAUGCCUUCGGUUUAGCCUUGUGUAAUUUGGUCCUUGGUUGCUGUCAAGACUGUGUAAAAUGAUCCUGAAUUCUGCUUGUUGGAUUUAUUUUCUGGCGAAGUGACUUUGAUAAAGGCUCUAUAUUUUUCUACAGCUCUUCAUCAUGUCGGGAUACACAUAUAUCUGUGUAUUUACAGUUUUUUUUACAUGACUCUUUAUUUUAUAUGAAAGGCCGUCUGGACAGAAUGACAUCUUCCGACUCUGAUGUGACAACAUGGAUCUUUAGGCUUUCCGUUGCAGUAUUACACGUCCUCCAGACCUCGGUAAUCGAGGCUCAAUAUGCCGUAUUCCUGUUUUUACCUCUCGCCUUUAUUUCAGCUGGAGAACCUUCAACCAAACAUGCUGUUCUCUCCUCCUGUCUCUCCAGCUCAGCUCCCAGUAGGUGUAGAGUGAACCUUUGAAGAGAGCCUAUUGCUAUCCUUGAUUUUUAUACAGACUUUAUAUGCAAAAUGGCUGCCGAAGCGAUUUCUUUAAAUCCCCGCUGUAUGGACUUGAACUGUGCAGUUGAGUCAUUGCUGACCUCAAGACGUUUGUACUCGAGAGACACAUUGAAAGGAACAUUUUCCUCUUUCAUUCAUAUGAACUGAAGGGCCAGUGUCGCUGUGAGUGUCAGUGUGUGUACAAAUUUUCUGUUUGUGUUUUGCACUUGAAAAGAGGAACGUUGUUACUGUGCGUAUGAUAACCUCUUGGGAACAUUGUAUAUCUGUGCAUUGGUUAAUUGUGGGAACUUAAUUCUUCUCGUUUGUAUUUUAUUGCUCAUUUUUAAACAUUGUUAUUUCCUGUAACCAAAUACUGAAUUUAAGGAUAUUGAUUCAUAGGAACGAUGAGGUAACUCAAGAAAAAAGCAGACCACCUCCCUCCUUCCUGACGGGGGUAAGAACUCUUCAGGUACGACUAUCAUAGUAAUGCUGUGCUGUUUCGACUUCCCGCCUCCUCCAGAGACCCAGAAACUCAUGUUACCUAACCUGUGAUGCUCUUCUGUCGCCUCCUUCCCUUUUCAUAAUGGAUUGUUUCUCUUAACCAAAUGUAAUAUUUUCAUAUUGUAAUAACUUGUCCUUGUAUUUAGACGACAUUUUUACCUUCAUGUACGACUAUACUCUUCAUAAUUCUUUGAGGUGCACUGUGACAAAUACAAUGCUGCUAUAUCACAAAGACUUUUAUUCUGUACGUCACAUUUAGCGGAUGCUGAACGCUAAAGGUGGCUGAUACAAAGUGGGCCUGAACAUAGAGGCCCCACUUACGUCAUUUGAAUUCAAUCCAGGCUUCAUUGUGCUUCCUCGGUGCGGUGUAUUAAUCUCAGAGUGACUUUGUGCACAAACGUAGGAUCUGUAGCUGUUCCUGUUGGUCUUCCUUUACAAGCAUGAUAGAAGGGAAAGAGAGAGUAGCAGUCAAGUCUUUCUAAAAGCCCAUCUCGCUUCUCACUGUGGUUAAAUAAAACUGUGACGUUGCUUUUUCUUUUUUCAGUUUUUUUUUUUUUGCAAAGGUGUUCAUUUUCACAGAAAUCUUGCCUAGGUUCAAUGAUACACUGAAUAUAGUUGUGUUAUUUAAAAAAAAAGUCCAAACAGACAGUGUAACUAUUUGACACUUUUGGUCAUCAGAGACUCUGUCGUAAUCUCAGCAUUUGUCAGAAAAAUAUGAGAAGCAGAACAUUUAAAAUUGCAAAACUGCUAGAUGCAUAUUUGUAUCACAUGCCGCAAAGUGCAGGUGGACAGUAAGUAGUGUGGUGCUGGUAUGUGCAGCAUUUUUAAAUUUAUGUUUUCAAAUCAAAUGUUCAUGAAGGGGACAGAAAUCACAGAUUUAAACACAGAUCAAAAAACAGCUUUUUAACCCUGCUGCUAGCUUGGAUCUCAGGAUGGCAAUCGAUGGUUUUCCACUGCGGGAGCAAACUGGUGCAAAUGUUUACAAGAAUGGUCCUGAUUGUCUCUUUCUGCAUUUGUGUUUCCAUUGUGGUGAAGAAUCCAACAGCUCUGACUGCAACAUUAACUUGGAGUACACGCAAAUAGUGACAAAUAGUAGUUACUGGGUGUAACUGUAGUUCUAUGUAGAACAAUGGCGAAUUUGUGAUGUUAGUCUAUUUGAUGACUUUAACGCACUUGCCAUUGCCAUCAAUAUUAAAGAAAAGACUGCAAUUCUUUAAGGAUAUAUAGAGAGUAGAAAAAUGGUGCUUGUAGUCUUCUUUAGUGUAACCAAUCAGUGUCAAGAUGCACAACAGUUUUCCAGAGCUGCUCAAAAGUGCCAACCCUGAAGGAGGUACUUUUAUCUGCCCCAAAAACAGCCCUGAAAGAGCUUCUAUGUGGGUGUUUUCUGUGGUUGUAACGCACAAAGAUUCAGGUUGCCUUUAAACAGCAUGCAAGUUCCUGCAGUGGAAAACAGCCUAAUGUUGUUCCCCAGAGGAUGAACUGUAACAAUCUUUGAUGAUCCCCGACUUUUCAUUUAGUACUACUUUGAAGUUGCCAUUUGUUACUCCAACAAAGUAUCUUGACAGCUGCUAUUGAGUUAUUUGCCAUUAAAUUUGGUACAGAUGGUCCAGGUCCCAUACAGAAAAAAAUUAUUGACUUUUCUCUGACUUUUUCUCCAGCACCGCCAGUAGCUGAAACCACUUAUUGAGUAAUAUAUCUCAACACCUCCGGGAUGAAUUACUAUAAAAUUUGUUACAGUUAGGAUCUGCUGUAACACAAUUUAAGCAAAUUUCUGUUUAAGUUCACAAUUUGAAUGCAUAAACCUCAGCAUGCUGCCAUUAUCACUGUGGACAUGUGAAGAUGCUGACAUUAGCAUUUAGCUCAUAGCAAAUGCUUCCGCUGCUAAGAGGUCUGAGGACACUAAGUCUUGUUUUAGACAUGCAAACACCCACAAAUGUUAAAAAAAAAAACAAAAAACUAAAAACUGCAAAAACAGAGCUACAGUUAGUCUCUGAUAAAUAAACUGUACUGUCCAUAUUAACUUUAGUGUCCAAAUCUGCAUGUUUCAGUUACAAGAUUUUAAUUGAUUUAAGCUCCAUGACGUAAAACUAUUUAUGAUAGUUGUUUUUUAACCAGUUAAGCUGGCAAAAAUGUGUCCAAGGUACUUCAUUAGUGUGAAUGGCAUUUAUAGAAAUAGUCUGACCUCACUAUGAUCUGUAUAGAAUAUUAAAGCAGUAUUAUUGUCAUUAUCGACUAAUCUGCAGGUACUUUUCAAGGUUAAACAAUUGUCUGGUGAAUUAAAUGUAAAAAAAAAUUAACAAAAAUGAAAAAAUCUGAUAACUAUUUAGAAUCCAAAGUAAUGUCUUUAAAUGUGUUUGUUUAUCUGAUCAAAGUCCAAAACACAAAUGUAUUUGGGUUCAUUAGUAUAAAUGACAAAAAUAAGCAGCAAAUCCUGACAUUUACAAAAGUAGAAUCUAAAAAACGUAGAAUUAUUCACUUUUUUUAACCUGAAAAAUAACUAAAAUUGAUGAGACAUCAAAAUACUUGCUGAUUGCAAACAGCUUCAGCGCUAUACAGUACGUAUAAGUGAUCUCAUGAAGUUAGAAUUCUAGAGAACGGAUUCAUUAGCUGCCUUUCGCCUUGCAUACUGUGUUUUCUUUUGAGGUAAACUGCCUGAGGCUUACGGAAACUCGCGUUUAGAAUAUGUUUGGACCUAUUUUAAUUUGCAUCCUUAUACAACAAAAUAUAUUCAUAGCAUACAUGUGCUUUUUAUUAACUUCGAGAAUCUUCAGUAGAUCUCAGAAAUAGUCCAAAAAAAUGCAUCUAUGAAUCAUAGUGUAGCACAAAAUAAUAUGCAAAAAGUCAAGUGGAAUUAUACUGAAAUACACUUCAGAGAAUCUAUAGGUAGCAAGUCAGCCAGUGUCAAGAUUAUCUCCGAUGUACACAGGCCUUUCACACAUCCCCAGAGAGGAAUGAAGCUCAGAGGUUUGAGGUUUAGAAAGGUACAAAACGUGCUGACAUGCAAAUGUAAAUAUGGACGUAAAGAACAAGAGAAGUGAUCUUUGUUUGAGACGUGACUAUAUCUUGUUAGCAUGACGUCAAACUCCCAUCCAGGCAGAACAGUUUUGCCGUAAAUAGGCGCACUAGCUGCAUAAAGAGGCUCAUAAAACAAUGUGUUUCAUAGAAGUGCUCUCUGGACAGUAGCUGCUGAUGAGCUCAGUUCAUGCAUUCGCUUCCAUUUCUGCCAUGUUUGAUUAGCAGCAGCUCUGAUUAAACUGAUUCCUGUGUUGGUGACAUGACUGAAGAUUUCCCAUCAAGUGAUUUAACUGCUGUCCUGUCUCUUUUGUUGGUUAUAGCUGAAUAUGAUAAUGUUACCAUUAUAGCAUCCUAAAGUGUGCAGUACAAAACCUGAUGGCUGGAUUGUGAAGUUGUUCUUCAUGUUAAUUUCUAGUAAACACACUGGAACUGGCUCUUUUAAUAAAAAAAAAACAAAAAAAAAACAUUGAGAAGUAAAA